AUGCAGCAAAAGCCUACGUUUGCACACAUACACAUAUUUGUGAAUGAUAUCAAUACGUAUUUACUGCACACACACACACACACAUCUAUCUAUCUAUCUAUCUAUCUACCUAUCUAUCUAUCUAUCUAUCUAUCUAUCUAUCUCAGCAUGUUCAUAUCUAUCUAUCUAUCUAUCUAUCUAUCUAUCUAUCUAUCUAUCUAUCUAUGGCAUUUAGGCUGGAGGCAGGCAAAGCUCCCUUUGAGUUUCGGAGGCCUGGGCCUUCGAUCAGCGGUAGAUUUGGCCCUUCCAGCAUAUCUUUCUUCACUUUCGUCCAGUCACGAACUAACUGAUGAGAUACUCGGUGGAUCGUCUCAGUGUUUCUCGGGUAGUUCUUUCGAACAAGCUUGCAGCGUCUGCGCCCAAGAAUUACUUUCUAUCCCGCUAGACACAUCAAAACAAAAAUGCUGGGAUAAAAUAAAAUGCGAGGCCAAUUUUACUAAUUUGAGGCUCUCUCUGGAUCAACCUACAAAUAUUAAUAUUAUCUAUCUAUCUAUCUAUCUAUCUAUCUAUCUAUCUAUCUAUCUCACACUCUCUCUUUCUCUCUCUCUCUUUAUAUAUAUAUAA